AUGUCGUCUGUUUAUUCCCAUUCAACCCUGCCGGAGGGCCAUAUUCGCCUACUCCGGCUGAGUCCACACCGCGAUAAGGAUGCACCGAUUGAGUGUGAACUCCUCGACUACCCCCUGCUGAAUACAGAUGGCAGUUGUGGUCUGUAUGAGGCCUUGUCCUAUGCGUGGGGCUCUUCAGAAAAGCCCCAGAGUAUCACCAUAGGCGAAUACAAUGUUCCUGUGACAGCAAGUCUUCAUUCGGCGCUGCGCUCAUUGCGAGACUGUUUCCUGGAGCGAUACCUGUGGGCAGACGCUAUCUGUAUCGACCAAGGCAACACCAAAGAAGUCAACAAGCAGGUCCAAAUGAUGGCGCUGAUCUAUGCCAGAGCGGCAAGAGUGCUUGUCUGGCUUGGUGACUCAACUGAGCAUAGUAGUCAAGCAAUUGAGCACAUACGAGUGGCUGGGGAACAUAUACAAAUUUCGAACGAGACCAUUGAUAUGACAUCUGCAAUACCUGCUGUCGCCGCGUUGCUCAAGAGAUCAUGGUUUGAUCGGGUCUGGGUCCUCCAAGAAGUCGCCGCAGCCCGGCACGUGGUAAUCAUGUGUGGAUCCGCGCGAAUUGAAGGGAAAACAUUUUGCACAGGUCUGGACAAUCUAGAAGAGGCCUAUGAAGACAGGCGAAGUCUGAUUAGUCCUUUGAAGUACCUCAUUGGGGGUGCAGCAUUUCGACACAAAGACAUCCAAGGCCAGGUGGAAGGAUUUACGUUGGGACUACACCCUUUAGGUGAAUUGAUCGACACGUUCCAUACUCGCCAUGCUACAAAUCCCCUAGACAGAGUCUACGCCCUGCUUGGUAUCAGAUCAGUAAAUCCUGGCGAAAGCGGCUUAAAGCCCAAUUACAACCUUUCGUGGAGAGAACUCUUACGGCGAUUGGUUAAAGCUGUGCUUUCCGACCAUGUCCAUGUCACAACAUGGGAAAAGCAUUAUAUCGCUGUAAUUCAGAGCAGCGGAUAUGUUCUUGGGCAUGUCUGCACAGUAUUGUCCUGUGGACGUGACAGGGAACUGAUAUGUGUCAGAACACCGAAGCAUGGGACUGACCAAUAUGAAGCUGCCCUUUGCAUGGAAUCGACAGCACCCUCGGUUCUAGCAGGAGAUAUUGUCUGUAUCUUGGAGGGAGCGCCAAAACCCAUGAUCAUCAGGCUUUGUGAGAGCCAUUUGAUCAUCGUCAGAAUUUCAGUGGACCUCAUGGAGGAGGACACUGUGCGUUGUCAACGACUCAUCGAGAAUUCGGAUGUAUUCUCACUCUUGUCCCGGAGAUUCUUGUUGAUUUGGGACUGGGAAAGAACAACGACAAGCACUCACGGUCAAAGCGACUACAAAGAUAUUCUUAAGGUCGAGGAGCCAUUCCACAAGUCUCAGCUGGCGCUUAUAUUAUGGUCCUCAGGAGACUACAAGCGAGCUGUGGAAAUCUACCAGAAACUAUGGACGGUUUCGAAAGGCAAGGGGGGCUGGGGGCAUCCAGAGGCUGUGACAUAUAUGCGCUAUCUCGCAUCGAUGCACAGAGAUUCCCAGCAAUUUGAACUCGCAGACAAGUUUCAAACAAUGGUCAGACUGAUUUCCCAGCAUGCCGAAUGCACUGAGAUGGAACAAACUGGUAUAUACGCCGCAGAACUCUUUGACCAGGAUGUCAUGAUGUUACUUCUUCACUGUUGGAAACACAAGACCCAGUUCCCAGACACCGUGGUGGAGGCUGCAGCUAGGAACGAGAAUCAUGGGACUGAAAUGAUGAGACUUCUUCGAAAUCGAAGGACAGAGAUUAGGACAACCUGGGAGGUCAUCCUGGCUGCCACCAAGAAUAUUCAACAGGGAAGAGAACUGAUACAACUCCUACUGGCUAUAGAUGGAGACCAAAUCAACUUCACGGCUGAGAUGAUUCUUGCUGUGACGAAUGCGAGACACGGCGAGUUUCUUUUGAUACAGCUCUUGGACCGAAGCAUCAACCAGAACCCAGUCACUGAGGCAUUUUUCACAGUGGUAGCUGGAAGUCAGGCAGCUGGGAGGUCUUUACUACAAGGCCCUUCAGAUCAAAGUGGAGAUUCCACCAUUUUCAUUCAAGAAGUGGUUUUGACCGCGCUUGAGAAUCCCUGGGCAAGAGCUUUCGUAGAGCAUCUUUUCAAUCGAGAAAGGAGACUUGAUUUCCAGGUCACUCAAGCGAUAUUAUGUGCCAUGGUGUGCCAUGUCCAUGGCCUAGACAUGCUCUACAGACUGUUCAAAGAAGGUUACAUCUUUCAGUUGAGCAGAAAAGUGAUCAACAGAGCAUGUGUUAUGGUAAUAGGUAAGGCACGUGAUUUGGGGAGCGUUAAGGAAGAAGACCUUUCCAAAUCAAUGUCGGAUGAAGAGCGUCAGCAUGAAUCUGAGAUGGCUGCAUUGUUGAUUAAAGCCGGCGCAGAGAAGCGCCAUGGGAAGAUAUGUAUCAGGAGACUUCCAGUGGAUGCGAAGAAUGCGACAAACAGUCGUGGAGUGGCGCCGCACGACUCGAUCCGAAUGCGACUCACUGAACUAGAAGUAGAGUGUUACAGAUCAGGGUUAGUUCUGUUACUAUUGGACCGGCUGAUGCCAACCGAUCCUUCCGAUGAUAUGACCCGUUCCCAUGUCCGCGUUGCCACUGGUGGACUGAAGGCGUUUCUGAGGGGUAAGUGGUCCACCAUCCAGCGCAGCCGAGAAAGUCUGGACCAUGUUCUAGAGUCUAUCGAACAGUUGCUCUAUCCACACAGGUGA